GCUCGGGGCGCUGCCACGCUCUUACCGCAUGGCCUCUCUCGACGCCUUCCUCGCAGAUCUCGACGACCUAAACGAGGAGGAGGACGAGGGCGAGGAGGAGGAGAUCAUCGAGGAGGAGGACGACGACGAUGGCGACAUCGACAUGCUCGCCGAGACGGGCGGCGGCGGCGGCGCGGCGGGCACGUCGGGGCUGCUCGCCUCGAGCCGGAUGGCGUCGCUGAUGGAGAAGAUCGAGGCAUACAUGGUGGCCGACGCGGGCGACGGCGUCGUCGCGCCGCCCGCCGCGCCCCAGGACGAUGCCGGCGCCGUCUACGCGCUGAUUGUGCAGUGCAACGAGAUAGCGGUCGACAUCGACAAUGAGGUGCAACUGGCAGCCCUCGGGCGGGGGCACGCUGCGCACCACACCGGGGCAGGGCGCGACACUCCACGCCGGGGCGCAUGCCACGCCACACCACCGGCCGUAGGUCGAGGCGCUCGCGAAGCACAUCCGCGACGACUACGCGAAGCGCUUCCCCGAGCUCGAGUCGCUGAUCCCGAACCCGCUCGACUUCGCGCGCGUCGUGCUCAAGAUCGGCAACGAGGCGGACCUGACCCAAGUCGACCUCACCGGCAUCCUCCCCUCCGCCACGAUCAUGGUCGUCACCGUCACCUCCUCCACCACCAUCGGCACCGAGCUGCCGCCGCAGGCGCUGGCGGCGGUCAGCGAGCGGUGCGAGCAGGUCCUCGCCCUCUCCGACAACAAGCAGCGCAUCCUCGCCUUCGUCGAGUCCAAGAUGGCGAGAGACAGCCGAGAGACAGCCGAGAGACAGCCGAGGUGCAACCGAGGUGCAACCGAACCGAGGUGUGUGAAUUGCUCUUCCGACCGCCACCUCAACAGGCAAUCGUCGCGCCCAACGUCGUCGCCAUCGUCGGCGCCGCCACCGCCGCGAAGCUCGUCGGCGCCGCGGGCGGCAUGUCCAAGCUGGCCGAGCUGCCCUCGACGGUCGUGCAGAUCCUUGGCUCGAAGAAGCGCGCGCUCGCGGGCAUGUCCACCUCGACGCAAGUCACGCACUCUGGCUGCAUCUCGCAGUGCGACAUCAUCCUCAACACGCCGCCAGGACUGAGGCCAAAGGUGGUCCGCAUGGUCGCCGGCAAGGUGACGCUGGCGGCGCGCGCGGACGCGUACCAGAACUCUGGCGACGGCUCCGUCGGCCAAAAGUUCCGCGACGAGAUCGAGAUGCGGUCGGCCAAGCUUUCGGAGCCGCCGCCGCCGAAGGACGUGCGGCCGCUGGCGGUGCCGCCCGAGUCUAGCGGCAAGCGGCGCGGCGGGCGGCGGCUGCGCAAGAUGAAGGAGCGGAUGGGUAUGACGCACAUGCGGCAGCUCUCCAACCGGGUGCGGUUCGGGCAGGAGGAGGACAUGACGUCCGACGGCAUGCUCGGUGUCGGAAUGCUCGGAAAGUCGCAGCAGGGGGGCAAGGUCAAGGUGAACGCGCAGAAGCAGCAGCUGCUCUCCGAGAAGAACAAGCGCGCGCCGGCUCCGCCCGACACAAACGGGCUCGCAUCCUCGCUCGCCUUCACGCCGGUGCAGGGCAUCGAGCUGGUCAACCCUUCCGCCGCCGGCGACGCCAGAGAGGGGCCUCGAGGCCCGCCCUGGCUUCGUGUGUGCCGUACGCGCGCUCGUGGUUUGCGUAGGCGACUCCAAGGAGGGGACCGAGACCUACUUCUCGCAGACGGCCGCUUUCUUCCAGAGGGGGAUGUGAGGCGGCGGCGGCGGGCGAGCCCUGCUCGGGGCCGCGCGCGCGCGCGGGGGGGGGGGGGGUUGCAGCGGAGAGGACGCGCCGCUCUGGAGCAUACUGUAUUGCACACAUGCAUACUGCGGGGUGGGACCUCUUCUUUCUCCCAGCCUGUGUGCUCACCACGUGCACUGGGCCUUGCACUUUGAAUACCGGCACAGUAGGAACGUAUGUAUGUAUCGAAGGUG